AUGUCACCUAUUGAGCCUAUGAAUUGCAGGACUGAGCUAAUGGCUGUCAACCAACAAAUCCUUGCUUAUGGUACGGGAACAGCUUGGUUCAAGGACGUCGGCAACACGGACUUUGAUCCUAAGCUUGUCGAGUUGACAAAAACAGCCAUCCAAAAGGGCUAUUAUCAUCUAGACUGUGCAGAAAUGUAUGGCACGGAAGAUGAGGUUGGCGUUGCCAUCAAAGAUGAUGGCGUCGCCCGUCAAACACUCUUCAUCACCAACAAAGUUGCCCAAGGAAUCGACGAAAUCCCUGCGGCUAUUGAUCAGAGUCUGAAGAAGAUGCAGCUAGACUACUUUGACUUGCAACGCGCGUGGAAGGCGAUGGAAGAGUUGAAAAAGGCUGGCAAAGCAAAGUCGAUCGGUGUGAGCAAUUAUACACGCUCGAACCUCGAAGCGACUCUCAAAGGAGCAACGGACCCACCAGUCAUCAAUCAAAUUGAGUACCAUGCGUAUCUCCAGCGUUCGAACAACUAUAUACCCUGGAUGCGUGAGCAUGGCAUUCAAGUUGCAUCAUUCAAAGGCCUCACACCCGCCUUCCGAUGUCCCAAUGGACCGCUGAAAGAGCCAUUGAGUCGUAUGGCUAAGGCUCACAACACCACCGAGGCUGUUGUACUCCUUUCGUGGUUGAUGCAAAACAACGUUGUUGCUGUCACCACUACUACCAAGCCGGAAAGACUUGAUGAGUAUGCUCAAGCUUUGAAAAUCAAGUUGGGCCAGGAGGAUCUGGACGAGAUCACGAACGUAGGCGCUACAUAUCAUUUCCGCACCUCUUGGGGGGAACACUUUGAGGACGACGAUCGAUCCUAG